CUUCUCUUCAUAACGGAGUUCGCUCGCAACUUCGUCUCUUAAUGUUUCUCUCUCACUCUCACUCGCGCCCUCUGUUUCUCGCUCUAAGAAGAAACUCGCCUUCGAAACAGAGUCAUGGUCUCCAAGCCUAAAUUCAGGAAAGAUUACGGGGAACAGGGGAUUGAUGUUAUAGCAAACUUGGCUGAGAAACUCGCGCAUAUGAAAAGGCAAAUUCAGACUGAAAGAGUUGUUUCAGUUGGAGAAAAACUUGAAAAAAAUAGCAAUAACAUUCAAUCUUAUGUUUCUCAUCUCAAAGAUUUGGCUGAAUCAAGAGAUGAUUCUACAACUACUACAACGACUAGUUCAGGAAACCUCCUUUCUUUAAGAAUGAACUCUCCUCUCUGCAAAGUUAGUGGGCUUGUUCAAGAAUGUGAAGAUAGAGAUGGUGAUAACAGUGAAGAAGUUGUAUUUUCUAGAACAGCCAAACUUCCCCUUGUUGAGAGGAUACCUUCCUAUACUACGUGGAUUUUCUUGGAUAGGAAUCAGAGAAUGGCUGAUGAUCAGUCAGUCUUAGGGCGUAGGCGCAUAUACUAUGAUCAGCAUGGUAGUGAGACACUGAUCUGUAGCGACAGUGAAGAUGAUCUGGUGCAAUUGGAGGGUGAGAAACGUGAAUUUUCUGAAGGGGAGGAUCGACUUAUGCGUGUGGCUUUUUUAGAGUGUGGGAUGGGGAAUGAAGUUCUUGAUCUGUUGACCCAGUUUGUUGGAGGAACCUCUCAGGAAAUUCAAGAGCGUUGCACUGUGCUCAUGGAAACAGAUCAAAAAAUGGAUAUACAGAAGAAACCUUUGAAGGAAGAGAGAUCUGGAGUUGACAUAUACCUAGACCAAAGCCUCAGUGCUGCUUUAGAUUCUUUUGAUAAUCUAUUUUGCCGCCGUUGUCUGGUGUUUGACUGUCGUUUACAUGGUUGUUCCCAAGCUGCAACCUACCCUAAUGAAAAGCAAAUUGUCCAAUUUGACACUGAAGAAGACCGUAAGCCGUGUGGAGAUCAAUGUUAUCUUCAGUCAAAUAGUUUCAAAGACAUGCCAAAGCGUUCAGAAUCAGAUAGAGAAAUGUUGAACACACAUAAUGCACCCACUCAGGAAGUUAGAUCCCCCUUGUCUCCACAUGUCAUUCAGCAAGAACAUCAUCUGGAAUGCCAAGGGAAGCCCGCAGUGCUUGAAUCUUCAAAAUCAUCGGAAAAAGCAUCAAAAGUGGUUUCUGACACAUUACCAAGUUCAUCCAGUUCGAAAUUAAAGUUGGCCAAUCCAGAUCCUGUGGGUUACAGUACAACUCUGGUGGACCAGGUCCCUGAAGCAGUUAUAUCCCGUGAAAAUGAGCUUGAGACAUCUAUAUCUGGUUCACGGCUUGGUUUUGACAGGCCCAGUGUAGGUUAUAGUGAUCACUCCCAGAGUGAGAAUGUUGAGGGCAUCGAGAAAGCUGCAUGUGAUAUUACCGAGCUCUCUCUGAAACAGACAUGCAAAUCUAUAGGAAAUUCAGCCAAAGCUUCACGUGGAUGGAGCAAUUGGAACCCUUUAGAGAAAGACUUGUACCUCAAGGGAUUAGAAAUAUUUGGAAGAAAUAGUUGUUUUAUAGCUCGGAAUUUGCUCGCUGGUUUGAGAACUUGCAAAGAAGUAUCUAACUACAUGUAUGGUGAUGGAGCCGUAAUGUCUCGUGGAUCUUCAGCUAUGCUAAACUCAUAUCUUGAUGAUGCUGGGAGGGAUGACAUAGAUCCUAUGGAGCCAGAUAUGCCUGUCAAAUCAAGAAUAUGUCGUAAAAGGGGCAGAGUGCGCAAGGUUAAGUCCUCAUGGAAGUCUGCUGGCCAUCCAUCCUUGUGGAGAAGGAUUGCGGAUGGAAAAGACCUGCCAUGUAAGCAAUAUUCUCCAUGUAGUUGCCAGCCAACAUGUGGAAAGCAGUGUCCUUGCCUUCAGAAUGGAACUUGCUGUGAAAAAUACUGCGGAUGCUCAAAAAGCUGCAAAAAUCGAUUUAGAGGGUGUCAUUGUGCAAAAAGUCAAUGUAAAAGCCGGCAAUGCCCCUGCUUUGCAGCUGGACGUGAAUGUGACCCAGAUGUUUGCCGGAAUUGUUGGGUUAGCUGUGGUGACGGUUUGUUGGGGGAACCACCAAGACGAGGAGAUAGUCAGUGUGGCAACAUGAAGCUCCUUCUGAGGCAACAGCAAAGGGUUCUCUUGGCAAAGUCGGAAGUUGCUGGUUGGGGAGCAUUUGUUAAGAAUCCUGUCAACAAAAAUGAUUAUCUUGGAGAAUAUACUGGUGAAUUGAUCUCCCAUCAAGAAGCAGAUAAGCGGGGAAAGAUAUAUGAUCGUGCAAAUUCAUCAUUCCUCUUUGACUUGAAUGAUAAGUAUGUCCUUGAUGCAUACCGCAAGGGAGACAAGUUAAAAUUUGCAAACCACUCAUCAAAUCCAAACUGCUACGCGAAGGUAAUGCUGGUGGCUGGUGAUCACCGUGUUGGCAUCUAUGCUAAUGAGCACAUCCAAGCUGGUGAAGAGCUUUUCUAUGAUUAUCGUUAUUGUCCUGAUCAAGCACCGGUCUGGGCCCGGAAGCCCGGGGCUUCAAAGAGAGAUGGAUCGCCACUCCCUCAUGGUCGAGCAAAGAAGCACCAAUCUGGUUGAGGAGCCAAAUCUCCUCCACGCAGUUUCAUUCCAGAUAUCAGGAGCACCGAGCAAGCACCAACGGGUGCAAUCUUGAUCACCUCGAUUUGUAGUUUUCUUCCAGGUAUGGACGGAUGAGCAUCCGGUCUGUAAUCUGACAGACCUGUCAUAUUCGGAAAAGUAACGGGUGUCUUCAUCUUCCUCAAGACCUCCUCCAUGAUCCGAUUCUUCUUUCUGGGUUGACAGAAGCGAAUGUCUCGGUUAGUGACUCUCGGCAGUGGCCUCCCAUCUACAUCUCGAUGUUCCUUUAUCAAUACACAACGUCUGUCCUUUCUUUUUCCCUUACUCUCGUGGACUAGAUAGUGUGAAACAUAAAACUCAACCAUGCAUUGAAUUCCUACAAAGCAAAGAAGUAGAACAAUA